AUGUCGUCUCUCGCUGUUAUUACUUUCAAUAUUUUUUACAUGUUGAUUUUGUUGCUUCUUCUUCUUCUUCUUCUUCUUCUUCUUCUUCUUCUUCUUCUUCUUCUUCUUCUCCAUAUUGUUCAUAUUAUAACAGUGUUGACAGGUUACAUUUAUGUCAGUGUCGAUUUUCAACCGUCGCGUUUAUCUGUACCGGACCCCACCACACCCACAUUAGGUCCUUCAACCCUCUAUAUAACUCCCUCCUCUAUUAUAAGCCAAUUCUUCCUCCCUCUCCUUUUAUUCACUCCUUUUUUCUUUUUUUUCUUCUUUCCUUCAUUUGCCUCUCAGAUUUCCUUUGAAGAAAUUGAUUUUUCUUCAUUCUUUCCUUUCUUCCUUUCUUUCUUUUUUCUUUCUUUAAUCUUUCUAUUUUUUUUUUAUAAUUUCUUUCUUUCAUUUUCCUUUCUUACUUAUAUCUAUUUUCUUUCUCUCUUUCUUUUCUUUUUAAUUCAUUCGUUUUCCAUUCUUUCUUUCUUUCUUUCUUUCUUUCUUUCUUAUAUCAAUAUUCUUAUUUCUUAUUCAAUCUUUAUUUUUUAUUUCUUGCCUUUAGAACUUUUCUUCUUCCACCUUUUCAUUCCCUUACAAUUCUUUUCAUUUCUUUUCUUUUCAUCUUCACUUUUUCCUUUUUCUUAUGGCAUUUAUAUUUUUUCUCAUUAUCUCCUUUUCUUUCAUUUUUUUGUCGUUACUUGUUUUUCUAUCUCUUUUUAA